GGGAACUGGCUCUCCAGGAAGGCUAAAGGGUUGAUCGGUAGUAAGGGCAAUUAUGCAUUAACCACUAAUGAAUGGAGGUAGAUGUUCUUCUUGAUGCAUCAACUACUAUUGCUGCAUGCGACAAGUACUACAAUGUAGUACCGGCGCAAGCAUUAAGAUUAACUACGGUACAACUAAUUAAUACUACAAAAAACUGGUACUGGCGGUAGAAGUAGAAGUAGUAUUACUCUACCCCACUUGGCGAACAACAUUCCUGGAAUUGAAAAACCUGAUUUGGAUCGUAAGGGAAAACGAGAAGAGAAUCCUUGUGAUCGAAUUCAGGUUACCGAAUAAUGAAUAGAGAAGGGUACUUAGUUCUUCUUGCUCUACUUGCAUCAACUAUAUGCACUACUUGCACAACAACAACCAGCUCUUAUCAAGAAUAGCUGGAAUUCCAAAGAAAAAGUUCCUCAGCUACAAAAAUAUCUUCGUCCAACAUGUUGUGGAUGUAGAUUAUAGUAGUACAACCCGAAUAGUAGUAGGGUUUAGGCAUUCACGUACGAUGUUGGGACGAAGAUCAUCAUCUCCUCUGGUCCUCAUCUCCUCUAAAACAAAACGCACAGGGGAAAGUGCAUGCCGAUGAAGUUAUGAGAACUAUCUGACCAUACAUUCGUGAAACAACAAUUAAAGUCCUCUAGAGUCAACUAGACUAGGUGCGGCGGGUAGGUAAAUAAGUGAAUGAAUGAGUGACUGAACAAGAGUGAGAAGUGACUGAAGAGUGAUCAGUACCGCCCCCGCCCUCAGCGCUCACCUCGAUCUCAGCACGACCGACCUCACAGUGGUCCUACGAUCUAAGCAUGACCUGAUAGUGAGUUUGUGUGAUAGCAAGUGAUACAUAUCUAGUGCAUGAUGCAGCUACUCAUUGAGAGCGAAGAAAUGCGGACAACGUCGUUCCUAGGUCGUAAGAAGACAAGAAAGGAGGAGCGACGUUCCCCUAGUUUCCAUGAGUGAAAGCAUUCGCAUCGUCCUACUCCUACUCCUUACUUCAGUACUCCUAUGACCUCAUAGUGGUCC